AGGUCAUUAGUCCAGCUAAGGCUGAACACCCCCAACCCCCAGGCUGCUGGUCUUCACCCAUAUGAUGGUGAACGUUACCAAAGCAGUUGACAGACUAUUUUCAUUGUCUAAUAAGACGAGACCUUAUGAGGAAAUCUAAAAUCUAAAAUGAUGGACCUGACCUGCGCCAGAGGUUAAUGGUGAGCAGCCUGGCUUUGGAAAGCAUGAGGGCCUGUGGGGUUGCCAGAGUGAAUCCCGCUCAGGCCUUCAGCCGCUCAGCUCUGCCUCUCCUCCUGCGCGUAAGAGGAACGCUGGGAAACGGGGGAGUGUGAUUUACCUGCAGGCACACCUGUAAUAAACCCGAUUAUUGAUUCACGGCUGACACAGCACUGGGUCAGAUCCAGCGUUCAUGUGCGCGUCCUGCGUGCACGCGUGGAGGUGAAAAUGAGAGCCAAGAGGCGGGGCUCUCCUAACCCCACCCCCAGCCUCCACAAUAAGUGCCCUUAGAAGGAAAGGCUGUCAGAGGCGCACCGGAGGGAUCUUUCUCCAAAGGCUUCAAACUUAAAACUUCAAAGAAUUUUUCUUUCAGACUGAAGAUAGGACCCCCACCCCUCUCUGAUGGUUGAGCGGCAUCUCUGGUAAAUUUAAGAUGAUCCAAACUUUUUCUUGCGCUGAUCACAGAGCUGCCGGGUUGGUUCCCUCUCACUGACUGUCCAGGCGGCCUCUCUCGGAGAUCCAGACAAACGUGACCCCUGAGGCUUUGCAGCGAUCAGAAGAAGUGGUUAAUCCGCGUGUUUGUUCUGCAGGAUAAUCUCCAGAGGUGAUUGUGUGUGAGGCGCGCGGCGGCGGCGGCGGCGGCUGUCUGCGCGCUGCGCGCUAGGCGGCUCCGCGCUGCGCUGACGCAGAUGAGAGGAGCAUGGAGAUGCUGCGCCGCUCCUCCGUGUUUGCGGCCGAAGUCUUCGACCGCUCCCCCACUGACAAGGAGCUGGUGUCGCAGGCCAAAGCGCUGUGCAGAGAGUACAUCCACUCCAGGCUGAACCGAGCCGGCAUCGGUUGGUCCAAACCCGAGCACGCGCAGGCUGGCGCAGGCGGUGCGCUCGGGGAGGUGUCUUCGGUCCUCCUGUGGUUGGGCGAGGAGCUGGAGUACCUUCGGCCCAAUGUGUACAGGAACGUCGCUCGCCAGCUGAACAUCACCGUGGCGUCAGAGAGCAUCGUGUCGGACGCCUUCCUGGCUGUGGCCGCAGACAUCUUCUCCACUGGUAUCACGUGGGGGAAGGUGGUUUCCUUGUAUGCGGUGGCAGGGGCUCUGGCUGUGGACUGCGUCCGCCACGGUCACCCGGCAAUGGUCCACACCAUUGUGGACUGCAUGGGGGAGUUUGCCCGCAAGAGUCUGACCGUGUGGUUGAAAAAGAGAGGAGGCUGGGUGGACAUGACCAAAUGUGUGGUGAACACGGACCCCAGCUUCCACUCCCACUGGCUGCUGGCUGCCGUCUGCGCCUUCGGACACUACCUGAAGGCUGUUGUGCUGCACCUCCUCAGAGAGAAAUGAGACUGACUCCCAAACGGGACUCCUUACCGAGCAGCACCGCGUCCACUUGGAUUAUGUUUACACUCACAUGCACUGAGUCACUAACACCCCCCCCCCCCACACACACACACACACCACCCACACACAAACACACACACACUCCUCUAUUUAUUGUUCCUGUUGUGUUUGAGCUAAACCCCUGCUAACUUUCUGUCUGCUGCGAUGCAACACCUUUUCUGCCAUCUAGUGGUCAUAUAGAGUAACUGCUUCACACCAAAAUGGAACACGUAGAAGUAAAAAAGGUUGACAAAAGAAGCAUUUCCUUUUUUUUAACAGUAAGAAUACAUUUUUUUUUUACAAAUGAAAGUACACUUUAGUUUUUUAUCUAUUUCAAAAUGCUUACCUGAACAAAGGCAUUUUUUUUCUCUCUUCUAAAAAGUCAGUUUCUAGCCAAACAAAGAGGUAAAAGUCCGUCAAAAAGGUUAGUUUGGUUUCUUGCACCAAUUUUGUGAAGCAACAUUUAACAUGCUGGCCCAGACUACAUUCACUAAAGGCUGUUCUUAUAAAAAAUCCCAGCAGUUAUUUAGAACAUGAUCAGACAUUGGGAUGUGUUCUGAGUCAAGAAGACACUUUACAAUCUUUUUUCCUGCUUUGUUGUUUACUGUGAGGUUGUGUUAUGACGCCGUUAAUGCAGAAAAAGAUUGUUUCUGUGGGCAGUUUCUAUGUUUUUCCUUUUUUAGAUGAAUGCCAUAGAUACGAAAAUCACUGUCAUGUAGCAAAACACCAGCUGAUAAUAAAUAAUGUUUUUCAGUCUUUGAAGCUGUUAUUAUUAAUGCAGGAAUGUUAGAAGAAAUCGAUCAUUUCUUCAACAUUUUUUAUUUUAUUUUAUUUUGUUUACUACAGACAAAUGAAAUACUUGUAUACCUCUAAAUUAAAAAAUAUAUACAUAUUUUUCUCUUACAGGGUUUUCCAAAUUUUUAUGAGACAUAAUGGAAAUACUAAAUAUAUCUUUUUUGUAAUAUUUCACUGAUUCUGGAAAGAGUAUUGCCUCUCAUUUUUGCUUCAUUUGAACCUUGAAAAAUGUCUGACAUUCUAUAUUAAUUUAGUUUAUUUAUUCUACAUUAUGAUAUUUUAUGAACUUCAUAUAAAGCAGGAAUCUGCAAACUUUAAUGCAAAAAGAGCCAUUUAGGCCAUUUUCUUACUAACCAGAACCCAGGGAGCGCUGGGUUCUGAAGGAGAAAAGUACUUUAUGCUUUUUUGGCCAUUAAGCUAUUUGUUUAUAAAAUGUAACUUAACUGUGUAGAGUAAUUGACUUUAAACAUUGUUAUAUUUUUCAAUAAAUUUUAAGUGGAUUUUGUCUACUUCUGGCAGCAAUGAAUAUAAACGAAUUUCAAAAUAAAAUACUCUUUGUAUCAAAUACGAUCCUCCAGUCGUAUCAAAUUGACUAAAAACGGAAAUGCAGGAAACCAGUUCAAAGGUGACAUUUUCUAUCAUUGUGACUUUAUGGUGCGCUGUCAUUCUUUUUCUACGAUUGUUAUUGAAUGUAAACAUGACAGUAUUCCAUGGUGUGGAAUCCAUUUCUCUUUUUAAAUCCAUCCACGUAAACCAGGGUUGUGUGUCUCUCAUCCUUCAACAAGCAUCUCCAUUCAUGCUCCACGAGGCGAUGCAUAAAAGAUUCAACUGGCUUUGUGGCGAUGCCAUACAGUCCAAUUCUUUUACCUAAGCGGACGCAACCUAGAUAUUUAUCAUUCGUUUGGCAUUUAAGACUAUAAAUACUAAGACGUGCUUUGUAAUAGAGAAGCUUAAUUUUUCCAACUGGCACUUUUUAUUAUAAACUACAAAAACCCAAUGUCUUUGACAUAAAGGCUUUAACAACUUUUGGGUCUUUUAGACUGUUUGUUCUAUGUGGUUAAUAAAUGUUUUUCAUGUUAUUUUACUCUGGUGUUGUUUGCAGUCCUGUGGAAAAGGAAGGCUCAUCAAAUGUUUAACAACACGCAUCCCUCACUGCUGUUCACCCUCAGCCGACUGGAAUGGACCCGACUUGGUAGACGUGAGCUUGUGAUUGGACGUUUUUUGUUUGCAUCAUAUGCACAUAAACAGAGAGACGGUAGAGACACAACAAGAAAAGACUGUUUGCCAGAAACAGAUGAACUUCUUGAUCGUUUUUAUACUCUUUUUUUUUUUUCUUUUUGUAACAAAACCUUGUUCAUGUCUGUGGUUUUUAAAUGAUACUACUGUUACUCCUUUCAUUUUUCAAUAGAUAUCUUUUACAUCCCUAAUCUAAACACUGUUCUGUACACAGACAUAUAAGAGAUUAUUUCUAUGGACAGUUUUUCUUAGAUUAAUGCAGUAAAUAUCAAAAUAGUUUCAUGUAGCAAGAAACCAGCUAGAAAAAAAAAUGUUCUUCAGACUUUGAAGUUGUGAGUAUUAAUAUACAUAUACAUUAAUAAAAAAUGUAUGUUACAUGAAA